AUGGAAGAUCCCGAGUCGAUCCCACGUACACCUGAUUCCACGGAAUCGCUGCUGAACAGAUUUCGCUCUUCCACCAGGACUUAUCCCUAUAUUCACAGCUACUCCCCGCUGCACCUCCCGUCAGAGCCAGAGAUCGAGAAUGACUUCUAUGAAUCUUUUGAGUUUGAAUCCCAGAGCCCAGAUGGACUCACCGUUGACUCUGAGUGGGUUCACUCUCACAAAUAUCCCAGAUCGUUGUUUCUCGAUAAGCUGAAUCAUGUACUGGAUACCAGCUCCAACCACACCUUUGACGACGUUGGGAUCCAAUGUUGUCCCAGGAGGUUGAAACCCAUUUUUGGCGAAGACAUACGCUCCGAGAUAUAUCCAUCUCAUAAUCGAUCACAUCAGGUAGAUUUCCUGGCCAGUCAUCCCUUCGCACCGAAAACCGAUAACACAGCAUACAUUGACCCCCAAGGGUUAAUGUGGAAGAACCCUGACCAACGACAACUGGCAUUAAAAAAUCGUGCGAACAGCUUUGAAAGCUAUGCGAGUCUGCGAUUAUCGAUCGAUGCAGCAAGAGAAAGCAUUGAUUUCACGCUGGAUCCGGAAUAUCCUGCCUUCAGAGGGAGAAGAUCAGGCAGACGGUCCAACCUAUUCACUUUCAAACGGUUUGCCUCUCAAUGCACUCCGAAACUGUUACAUUUUCAGCUUAGAAACCUGAUUGCUGCCUAUGAUAAGAACACGGUGUUCUACUCUAAUUCGAGUUCUCCUAGUUUUGGAAUCUCCAAAUUCGACACCCUGACGGGUACCGAAUCACCCCUGAUCGGUCCGAUGACUGAUGACCCUUUUGACUUCAAAAUCUCCACUAUUUCCACGAACUCGUCUCUUCUGGCUGCCGGGUCCUUCACUGGAAGCAUCAUUAAUUACUCGCAUCAAACCAGUACGUAUGAGCAAUACACUCUUACGACAGACCCCAACGGAAUCAUCAACUAUAUAUUUGUUCCGGCCAAUGAAUCCAACCACAAAGAGGAGAUAAUUGUGGCCUCUAAUGACAGACGGUUGUGGUAUUUCAACCACGCAAGGGGCCAGAUUGUGCGAAAGGAAGUUCUGGAUUUUGCAGUCAACUGCAUCGCUGAAAACCCCUCCAACUCAAACGAAGUGUUGAUAGUUGGUGAUACUCCUGAGACAAUUAUAGUGGACAGGCGAGACCGAAGACGUCCCCCAGCCGUGGAGAUGCACGGCCAUCGCGAUUUCUCGUUUGCGUGCGACUGGAGCUCCGAGAACGUCUUUGCCACGGGUAACCAGGACGGAACGAUAAGAAUAUACGACAAGCGGAAGAUCAGCUCUGAUCCGUGGUUCUCAAAGCCCUUGACGGUGCUUUGUGGUGGACUCCAAGGAGCAGUGAGGAACAUCAGGUUCGAUCCCACGGGCAAGUACCUAGCCUUUGCGGAAUCCAUAGACAACGUGUAUGUUGUUGACACUGAUAACAUGAAGAAAUGGGGGAUGCCAGAAUCCUCAUAUCAAGCACCGAAAUACAGUCGCAGGCCAAGGCUCUCUGGCGAUGGUUUUGGUUCCAGCAGUUUCCGAACGGGUGGGUUUGCCAAGGACCCAGAGCAAACGGUGGAUUACCAGUCGAUAUCGAUGUUUGGGAAGGUGACAGGACUGGUUUUCACUCCUUCAGAUAACGGUUAUGGCCAGGUUUUGACGAUAGGCGUGAGUGACAAAUCUGUGGGAGGCAUUUUACAAUAUGAGUUGAAAAGUUGUGAGAAGACAUUGAGUUUGGACGGCUUUUGGUGA